AUGGCUGGCGUCAACAACCACCAGGUUCUGGAGCAUAUGGCGGAGAACAACGUCCAUCCAAUGGACUAUGCACCAUACCACCCCCAAGACGGGCAAAUGGCAUCCGUAAAGGAAGAUAGCCAAGGAGGGCAAAACAUGAAUGAUGAGCCCUACAACCCUGAUGAACCACAGAUCCCUGUGGCUACCCCGCCACAAGCGACUCCGGCAAUGGCUAUUCCUCCGGGCGCUCCCAUGCAGGACAUUAUGGCUGCGUUGGUCAACGCAAUCAAUCGCCAGUCGGACAUGAUCCUGCAACAGAACCUCGAGCAGCACAACAGAAGGCUCGAAUCCCAAAGCCGUCGAAUAGACGCGAUUGUUGAGUCAAGAGUGACGGUGCUAGCCCGUCGAGCUCAACGCUCACCUACUCCUAGGACGGUGCAAGCCCGUCGAGCUCAACGCUCACCUACACCUGUGAGAAGCAGAAGUUUUUCUAGGUCGCGGUCACCACCUCCUCGUAGAAGGACGGAAAGGGUGAGCCCAAGGAGAAACGAGGAAUCAUCUCGAAACUCCUCGAGGAGACGCUCCCCAAGAAGGGACAAUCCUCCUCGCCAACAGAGGCACUGA